AUGGAUCAGCAGGGCCAAUCCGGGGUGCCAGGCCCCGCUGGCCGCAAGCUCCAUAUUGCUCAUCGGAGAAGUCCAUCUGAGCUAACCCCGUUGAUGAUGGAACAACUGGCCAUUCAACAACAGAUUGAGCUGCUCCAGCAGCAACAGCAACAGAUCGCUGCUACACACCAACAAUACGUCAAUAUGGGCUUGCUGCAGCCCCAACAAUUGGGCCAAGUCCCGGGCUUCUCUCCUGGUGCCUCCAUGGGCGGUGUUUCUCCACAGGUCAACGCAUUCCAGUUCCCGCAGCAGCAGCCGCAGCAGCAACAGCAGCUCGGCGUUCCCAUGAACACGCCCGGCCAACACUCGCACCGUCGGAACCAGUCUGCCCUUCCGGGUCUUGCCAUGGGCCCACCCCCGGCGCCAUCCUCGGGCGCGUCUGGAUAUUCUGAGUUCAACCAGCAAGGCCAGAACAACCAGAAGAACGAAAACUCCAAUCAUGGUCGCGGUCGUGGUGGUCCCCCGGGCGGUGGCCAUCAACGCCGCCACUCCCUUGCUCUCCCGGAGGCCAAGAAGGCUGCGGAGCUUGCGCAGCAGAAGCGAACCGCCUCUGGCUUCCAGUUCCCAGCCCCCGCUCCUGGAGCCAGCAGCUCGGACAAUCAAUCCGCUUCUGAUGACAAGCCGGCGUCUAAUUCUUCCCCAGCUCCUCAAGGACUCGGCCUGCAGCGGGCGGGCAACAUCCGGGCUGGUGGUCAUGGUCGAAGCCAGUCGAUGGCCAUUGGUGGAAACCGGGGCUCCCUGUCGGGACGUGGUGCGGGCGGCUUCCAGUUCCCUGCGCCCAGUGAUGCGUCCAGCGGUGAUAACCAGCGCCGUGGGAGUCAACCGGGACACGCGCGCUCUUCGUCUCGGAACUUUGACGGUAAUUGGCGUCAGCCAAACAACCAAAACCAGGGCCAGGACCAGCAGAAACCCUUCGGCCAACAGGGUGGUGGAUUUCAGCCCGGUCACCGCUCGCGGCCUUCUAUGAACCAGUCGAUGGGCUCCAUCGGCCAAUUCCAGUACCCCGGCCAGCCGCAGCUUAUCCAGCUGCCCCAAGGACAGGUCAUGAUGGCACCACCCCAAAUGUUUGGGAACCAGCAGCUGAAUCCCCUGCAGCUUGCACAGCUCCAGGCUCUGCAGCAGCAGAACGGACAGGGCAUGGGUCUUCAGGCGAGCCAACACGCCCCGCCGCAGCUGUCUGUUCAGCAGCAACAACAGCAACAACAGCAACAGCGGAAGACGCUUUUCACACCUUACUUGCCCCAGGCAAAUCUGCCUGCCCUUCUCAGCAACGGUCAGCUGGUCGCAGGCACCCUGCGUGUCAAUAAGAAGAACCGAUCUGAUGCCUAUGUCACCACGACGGAUCUGGAUGCCGACAUCUUUAUUUGCGGUAGUAAAGAUCGGAACCGCGCCCUUGAAGGGGACUUUGUUGCGAUCGAGCUCCUGGACGUUGACGAAGUGUGGUCCCAGAAGAAAGAAAAGGAGGAGAAAAAGAAACGCAAGGAUAUUACCGAUGCGCGCUCCGGAAGCAACGCCGGGAACGACAAGCUCGGUCGGUCCGACUCCAACGGUGACAGGCAGGAAGUCGGUCCGGAUGGAAGCAUCCGUCGUCGUGGUAGUCUCCGCCAGCGCCCCACACAGAAGAAGAACGAUGACGUCGAAGUUGAAGGUCAGAGUCUUCUGCUGGUCGAGGAGGAUGAAAUCAGCGAUGAACAAAAACCCCUGUAUGCUGGCCACGUGGUUGCGGUCAUUGAGCGCAUUGCCGGCCAGAUGUUCUCGGGGACCUUGGGUCUCCUCCGUCCCAGCAGCCAGGCGACGAAGGAGAAGCAGGAGGCUGAGCGGCAGGCCAGGGAUGGUGCCCACGGUCGCUCUCACCAUGAUCGUCACCAGGACAAGCCCAAGAUCGUUUGGUUCAAGCCUACCGACAAGCGGGUGCCCCUGAUCGCCAUCCCCACUGAGCAGGCUCCCCGAGACUUCGUCGAAAAGCACCAGGACUACGCCAAUCGGAUCUUUGUUGCUUCUAUCAAGAGAUGGCCAAUCACCUCUUUGCACCCCUUCGGCACUCUUGUCGAACAACUGGGAGAGAUGGGUGACUUGCGUGUUGAGACGGAUGCUCUUCUCCGUGAUAACAACUUCGCAUCGGACGAUUUCUCUGAUGCUGUCCUCAAGAGUAUCGGAUGGGAGGAUUGGACUGUCUCCAGCGAGGGCGACGCCCUGGCCACUCGACGUGACUUCCGCGAAGAGACCAUCUUCUCCAUCGACCCCGUUGACACUAAGUCGCUCGAGGAUGCUUUCCACGUCAAGAAACUUGCCGAUGGAAAGAUUGAAAUUGGUGUUCACGUGGUUGACAUUGCUCAUUUCGUCAAGGGUAACUCUCUGGUCGAUCGCGAAGCCAAGAAGCGAGGCACUGCGGUCUACUUGGUUGACCGCAUUAUGAACAUGCUGCCGCCCCGAGUGAGCACCGAGCUCUGCUCCUUGCUCCCCGGAGAAGACCGCCUCACUGUCAGUGUGGUUUUCCAGGCUAACCCGGAAACUGGUGCAGUCGACGAUGAUGUCUGGAUCGGAAAGGGUGUCAUCAAGAGCGCCGGCCGGCUUAGCUAUGACGAAGUGAACUCGGUAAUUGAGGGCAAGGCAGCUGCUACGAGCUCCGGCAUUACUGCGGACAACAUCCAACUGUUGAACGCCAUUGCCGGCAAGUUCCGCGAAGCUCGGUUUGGCAACCGGGUAUCCAAUGUCCCCGCACUGCGGCUGCUUCAGCAGCUGGACGACGAGAACGUGCCCGUCGAAUUCAAUAUCUUCGACUCCACCCCGGCUCAUGAACUUGUUGAGGAGCUUAGCCACCAGGCCAAUUACUUCGUUGCUCGCAAGCUGGCCAGCGCCAUGCCCGAGAAGGCAUUCCUGCGUCGUCAGCCAUCGCCUAACUCUCGUCGCCUUACAUUGUUUGCGGAGAGAAUGAACCGCCUUGGCUUUGGAAUAGACCCCUCAAGCAGUGGAAGUCUGCAGAGCUCUCUCAGCAAGGUGCAGGACGUCGACCUGCGCAAGGGCAUGGAAACUUUGUUCGCCAAGGCCAUGCAACGCGCCAAGUAUUAUGUUGGUAGUGGUGUUCCAGACGAUCAGCGCCAGCACUUCACGCUCAAUGUGCCGGUGUAUACCCACUUUACCAAUCCCUCUCGACGCUACCCCGACCUUCUUGUGCACCGUCAGCUCGAGGCCAUCCUCUCGAACGGUUCCGUGGAGUUCACCGAGGAUGUGGAGUCUUUGACUAAGACGGCAGACCUCUGCAACAACAAGAAAGACUCAGCCCACAAUGCACAGGAGCAGAGUGUCCAUAUCGAAGCCUGUCGUAACAUGGACCGAAAGAGCCACGAGAUUGGCGGAGAUCUAAUCAGCGAGGGAAUUGUUCUCUGCGUUUACGAGUCCGCCUUCGAUGUUCUCAUUCCUGAAUAUGGCUUCGAGAAGCGUGUCCACUGCGACCAACUUCCACUGAAGAAAGCCGAAUACCGCAAGGACACUCGUGUGCUUGAACUGUACUGGGAGAAGGGUGUCCCGUCGUCGGCCUAUGUUCCCGAGGACGAGCGCCCGAAGCCAUCUAGCUCUCGCGCUGCGCAGGCGGCCGCUGCCGCUCGCGAGGCUGAGGCUGCCAAGGAGCGUGCUAGAGAACAGGAUGAGGCCAUGCGCAAGCAGACAGACACUGGUACCAUGUCUGCCGAUGAUGUCGAUGCCCUCUUCGAUGACGAUGAAGAUGUGGAUGAGGUCACCGAACAGGCGGCUGGUGUGUCUCUCAACUCGGGUGAUCGUUCGACCCAGAGCAUGCCGCCUUCCCCCACCCGCAACGGCCAUCUCCAGCAGGGACCUCACCGCACCCGCUCCGACCCAAAGAUUGCCUCGGGCACCAAUGAUGCACCUGAAAACAAGUUGACGAACAAGGAGAAGUACCUGGACCUGUUCAAGCUGAGGGAAGAAAAUGGAGAUUUCAUCCAGGACGUUACGGAGAUGACGCGCGUUCCCAUCAUUCUGAAGACUGACCUGAGCAAGAGCCCUCCGUGCCUCACUGUUCGGUCUGUGAACCCCUAUGCCCUGUAG